AUGGGUACCUCUAUGAGAUCAUGGAUGGCCAUUAUGAUAAUGGCUUGGCUUAAUCUCUUUCAAGGAAUUUUUGUGGCCGUUGAGGCUACUUUUAACUACAAGGAUGCCCUUACUAAGUCCCUUAUUUUCCUAGAAGCACAAAGAUCAGGAAAACUUCCUCCAAACCAUAGGCCACAAUGGAGAGGAGAUUCUGGCCUUGACGAUGGUAAACUUGCAAAUGUGGAUCUUGUUGGGGGAUAUUAUGAUGCAGGAGACAAUGUCAAAUAUGGACUGCCAAUGGCUUUUACUGUUACCACUCUGGCCUGGGGUGCUCUCGCAUAUCACAAAGAGCUACAUGCCACAGACGAAUUGCGUCACGUGCGUUCUGCUAUUAAAUGGGGCACGGAUUAUUUUCUUAAAGCCAGUUCCAGGAAGAAACGCUUGUACGUGCAGGUGGGAGAUCCAGUGCUGGAUCAUCAAUGUUGGGUUAGACCUGAAAAUAUGAGGACAUCAAGAACUGUGUUGAAAAUUGAUGAGAAUACCCCAGGAACGGAGAUUGCAGCUGAAACCUCAGCUGCAAUGGCGGCUUCUUCCAUAGUUUUUAGACACACUAAUCGUACAUAUUCCCGCAGACUCCUUAACAAAGCCAAGACGCUGUUUGAAUUUGCUAAAGCACACAAGAAAACCUUUGAUGGAGAAUGCCCAUUUUAUUGCUCUUACUCAGGCUACAAUGAUGAGCUGUUGUGGUCAGCAACAUGGCUGUACAUCGCAACCAAGAAGCCUAUUUACUUAAAGUACAUCCAAGAAGAAACCACCAGUGCUACUGUGGCUGAGUUUAGCUGGGACCUUAAAUACGCUGGAGCCCAAAUCCUCCUCUCUAAGCUAUAUUUUGAGGGAAUGAAGGAUUUGGAAUCCUAUAAGAAGGAUGCUGAUAGUUAUAUAUGCUCGGUGCUCCCUGAUAGCCCCUACCAUCAGGUAUAUAUCUCUCCAGGUGGUAUGAUCAACUUGAGAGAUGGGGCCAACACUCAAUAUGUUACCAGCACAGCUUUCUUGUUCAGUGUCUACAGUGACAUCCUUGCCAAACACGAUCAAAAAGUACAGUGUGGAAACCAAGCAUUUGACUCUACCCGCCUCAUGGCAUUUGCCAAGCAACAGAUAGAUUACUUGCUAGGGAACAACCCUGAGAAAAGAUCAUAUAUGGUUGGGUUUGGACAAAACCCACCAGUACAAGCACACCAUAGAGGCGCUUCUGUUCCAGUGAUGUCCAGUGAUACAAUAGUAAGCUGUGGCAUGAGCUUUGCUAAAUGGUUCACCAAGGAUACACCAAACCCUAAUGAACUAACUGGUGCCAUUGUGGGUGGACCUGACCGGUUCGACAACUUUGUUGAUAAGCGUUGGGAUUCGUCUAAAACUGAGCCUUGCACAUACGUUAACUCUAUUGCAGUUGGUGUUUUGGCAAAGCUUGCAACACAAUAUGGCGGAGUCCAAUAA